AUGGCGGCGGUGAUCCGCAAGCGCCCGGCGCCGCCGGGCGGGCUGUGCUGUCACGCGGCGGCCGCCGUCGGCCGGAAGAAGAAGCGGCCGCGGUUCCAGUUCGGGAGCAUCUACAACUACGAGAAGCUCGAGGUGCUCGGGGAGGGCACCUACGGCGUCGUGGUGAAGGCGCGGGACAAGCGCACGGGCGACACGGUGGCCAUCAAGUGGAUCCGCCCCGUCGUCGCGGCCGCCCGCGGCGGUGGCGGGGGCGCGCCCGACCUCCACGCGGUCUUCCGCGAGGCCGGCUGCCUCUCCGCCUCCGCGUGCCGGGGCCACCCCUCGGUCGUGCAGAUGAGGGAGGUCGCCGCCGACGAGGUCACCGGGCACGUCUUCAUCGUCAUGGAGUUCGUGGGCCCCAGCCUCGAGAGCCGCCUCACGCGGCGCUUCUCCGAGGGCGAGACCCGCGCGAUCAUGCGCCAGCUCCUGCGCGGCGCCGAGGCGCUGCACGGCGCGGGCACCGUCCACCGGGACAUCAAGCCGGACAACAUCCUCGUCGGCCCCGGCGGCGCGCUGAAGAUCUGCGACCUCGGGAUGGCAGCGCCGGCGAGGCCCGCGGGCGAGCCGUACCCGGAGGAGACCGUGGGCGCGCUGUGGUACCGCGCGCCGGAGCUGCUGAUGGGUUUCCGGAGCUACGGCCCCGCCAUCGACUUGUGGGCGCUGGGGUGCGUCAUGGCCGAAGUGCUGACCGGUGAGCCGCUGUUCGGGAGCGCCGAGACGGCGGACGACAUGUACUCCAAGGUGCUGGAGCUGUGCGGGAUGGACGCGCCGGAGCUUCAGGCGAGCCUGCGGGAGCUGUCGGAGGCCGGCCACGAGGUCUUGCGUGGCCUGCUGAGCUUCGAGGCCGAGAAGAGGCUCACCGCGGCGGAGGCGCUCAGCCACCGGUGGUUCGACGAGGAGGACGCGCCCCUGUCCACACUUUGUUCUCAGCCGGAUCGCCGUGGUUUGAUCAAUUUCUUCUAG